UUCUUCGUGUUCUAGCCCCGGCUUGGAAGAGGUCUAUGAUAAAAUUUCAUUUGAAUUUGAAUUUUGAAUCAGUUGUUGCUUGCACGUUGUUGCGAACGGUUGUGUGCCUGGUUGGAGUUGCCUUGAGAGAGUUGCGUUUUUCGGCUUUCCACGUUUUCCAUUUUCUUUUCGGGGAAAAUUAGGAUUUGGACUGCAUUUGAGCUGCAUAUAGAGUGCCUUUUUUGUGGUUAUACAUAGACAGUGAGUGGUACGAGAGUGGGACCAAAAGCGAGCCGCUGAGCAGUCACAUUGGCCAUACGAGUGUUGAUCGUCGAACCGUACGGAUUCGUUCCCCCGGAGUUUUAGAAGUGCCUCAACCCCCAGUCAGUGCCUUAACGGAACCGUUGUAGUGCAAAGUGCAGUGCGCGAAAGCAAAUUACAAGUGAAGCAAAUCUUCCUUUACGGACUGUCUAACUUUUCAACGCCUUUUUCAAAAUGAGGGAAAUCGUUCAUCUGCAGGCCGGUCAGUGCGGAAACCAGAUUGGUGCAAAGUUCUGGGAAAUCAUCUCCGAGGAGCAUGGAAUCGACGCAACCGGCAUUUAUCACGGCGAAUCAGAUCUGCAACUGGAACGUGUCAGCGUGUACUACAAUGAAGCCUCAGCCGUCUCCCGUUCGUCGGGUGGCAAGUAUGUGCCACGAGCAAUCUUGCUCGAUCUGGAACCGGGUACCAUGGAAGCCGUUCGCUCCGGAGCAUACGGUAAACUGUUCCGUCCGGACAACUUCGUCUUCGGACAGUCCGGUGCAGGCAACAACUGGGCCAAGGGACACUACACGGAGGGGGCCGAAUUGGUCGAUGCCGUGCUAGAUGUUGUGCGCAAGGAGUGCGAAAACUGCGACUGUUUGCAAGGAUUUCAACUGACCCACUCGCUGGGAGGUGGUACCGGAUCCGGUAUGGGAACGCUGCUGAUCUCCAAGAUUCGCGAAGAAUACCCCGACAGAAUCAUGAACACCUACUCGGUGGUCCCAUCGCCAAAGGUGUCCGACACGGUCGUGGAACCAUACAACGCCACCCUGUCAAUUCAUCAGCUGGUUGAAAACACCGACGAAACCUACUGUAUUGAUAACGAAGCUCUGUAUGACAUCUGCUUCAGAACUCUCAAGGUGCCAAACCCAAGCUACGGUGAUCUGAAUCAUCUUGUUUCGCUGACCAUGUCUGGAGUUACCACCUGCCUUCGUUUCCCAGGUCAGCUGAACGCUGAUCUGAGGAAGUUGGCCGUCAACAUGGUGCCGUUCCCACGUCUGCACUUCUUCAUGCCUGGAUUUGCUCCGCUGACCUCGCGUGGAUCACAACAGUACCGUGCCCUGACCGUUCCAGAGCUCACUCAACAGAUGUUCGAUGCCAAGAACAUGAUGGCUGCCUGCGAUCCACGACAUGGACGAUACCUGACGGUGGCUGCCGUUUUCCGAGGACGUAUGUCCAUGAAGGAAGUCGACGAACAAAUGCUGGCCGUUCAAAACAAGAACAGCAGCUACUUCGUGGAAUGGAUUCCGAAUAACGUCAAGACCGCCGUCUGUGAUAUUCCUCCAAAGGGUCUGAAAAUGUCGUCGACCUUCAUUGGAAACACCACUGCCAUCCAGGAGCUGUUCAAGCGUAUCUCCGAGCAAUUCUCCGCUAUGUUCCGUCGUAAGGCUUUCUUGCAUUGGUACACUGGCGAGGGCAUGGACGAAAUGGAGUUCACCGAGGCGGAGAGCAAUAUGAACGAUCUGGUAUCGGAGUAUCAGCAGUACCAGGAAGCGACGGCUGACGAUGAGUUCGAACAGGAAGAGUGCGCCGACGAAAUGGAAGGCGAAUGCGUCUAAACCAACCACCCCGGAGGCAUCCAACGGUUGUCGAGAAGCAUUUUUACUAUUUAUUACUUUUAGUUAGAUAAAUCGAGCCGAUUUUUAUGUGCAUACAAACCGAAGAAAUAGUCUUUAUGGAAAUCCUAACAAUUCAUCUAAUCUCGGAUCUCAACAUACUUACUAAUGGACAAAGCAAACCAGGAUUUGGUAUUCGAAAUUGAAGCCAUAACGAUUUCCGGCAAACUCUAAAACCUCAAUCACAUAAAAAUCAUCAAUCAAACUAAUAUUGUGUAAGUAAGAGAGCGAGAGUGUGAGAUAGUGUUGAAUUUGUACGUGGAAGCCUAACUCUUUCCCACCAAACGGCCAUCUUUACCGCAGCGAAACACGACUACGAAAGUCUACAUUCAGGCAAUAUUUCUAGGGAAAAGAAAUAACUUGCGUUACUGAGGCGUUACGACUUUCAAGUCAAACCGGCCGUGACGGUGGCUUGCGAAGAGUUAGGUCACUCCAAAAGGUGAAGUUACGAAGGAAGAGGAAGGAGAGAAAAACGAUGAAGCUGCCAAUCGAACGUAGUUUGUGGACCAUUUUGCUUCUUGCUAUACGAUUCAUGUGCAUCAUACAUUUAGCAAUAUAUCCAAAGAUUUUUGUGGAAAGGAAGUUCGGUUAAAGAAAAAAAACGUCAAAUGUCAGCCAGUCUUUUGUAUUUAUAAUUCGUUCUCUUCAGGCAAGAACAAUCACUAUGAAUAACGUCGUUCUGAAAUCUUUUGAUUAUAUCGCUAUUUGAUCUUUAUUAUUUUGUGUAUUUAGAACCUACAGCAAAAACCAUCUAAUAUGUAAAAUACAGGAAUUGUCAGUUUUAUUUUGAGUGAAAAUUUUAUAGACUUAUCAAUCUACGCUAUAUCAAAAUACACGCAAACAUCGAUACAAACCGACGACGAUCUGGGACAAUUGAAAAGUGUUAGAACGGAAAAUAAAACAUAUUUUGUAUUUAUUUGUAA